UGCAUGUGAUGAACCUACUCUUUCAUUUCCUUAAUCAAAUCAUAUACACUAUGAGAUUAUUUUACUUGUUUUGACCAAACAUCAGAUGGUUUGAUUGAUUCAACUUUGUACAAGAAGAUCUAUUAGUAUCAUGCUUGGCAUGAUUAAAAGUCCCUGUACUAUGCAAGAUUUUUUGUUUUUGUUUUGUUUUCUGUCUGAUAUUUAGCCAGAUUCUUCUGACAACUCGAUCAAUGUUCUAAUUUUUCCGCUAUCCAAGUGCUAAGGCCAGCUCUCUUAAACCAUUAACUGUGUUUCAGACUAGCAACAACAACCUUCUGCACAGUUUUCAGUUCAGCUAACUUCCAGUACCUGAACUUUCUGUUGCUCUAUAACAAAAUUGAACAAAUUAGGGAAAUACCUACGUAUACCGACAGGGACUUAAGAAAGCUAAAAGUUUAGCUUUCUGUUGCUUGCUAACAAAGCAGGGGAUAAACCUUCUUAAUUGCGCUAUAAAUACCAUGUAAGACGUGUUUUUGUAAUCCAUAAUACAGAGCACAUCAGAGAACAAGUAACGAUCAACCAGAGGCUUACAGAGAAUCAAGCGAUUUGCAGUUGGUCAAAAUUCUGACAUGAAGAACCAGAUUCCAGGACAAGUUAUUGGAAUUCCGAUAAGCUCAACAGUAUAUCCAGCUGAGAUGCCUCGAGAAGGAAUGUUAUGUAUCGCUUGCAAUCAAUAUUAUGCAUCUCCAAAAUUUAGACAGAGCACAAUAGAGUUAAUGAAGGAUAGGAUAAACAAACUUGGUAUAAUAGUGGAGAAUUUAGCUCAAGGCAUCCGGGAUCAUGUGAAAAUUGGACCUAAGUUGAGUGAAACAGUGGGGGGAAAGUUAAGGUUGGGAGCUAAAAUUCUCCGAGUAGGGGGUGUCAGGAAAGUGUUCAAACAAAACUUCAGUAUCAGAUCAGGAGAAAAGCUAUUGAAGGCUUCACAAUGCUAUUUAUCCACGACUGCUGGUCCAAUAGCCGGAUUACUAUUUAUCUCAACCGAUAGAAUUGCAUUCUGCAGUGAUAGAUCAAUCAAGGUCUCUACUUCAACAGGGGAUUUAAUUCGGAUUCAUUACAAGGUUUCAGUUCCGUUGAACAAGAUAAAAAGAGCAAACGAAAGUGAAAUUGUCCAAGAUCCAUCAAGAAAGUACAUAGAUAUAGUUACAGAGGAUGACUUUGAGUUUUGGUUCAUGGGAUUUCUUAACCAUCAGAAAAUUUACAAGUUUCUUCAGCUAGCAGUGUAUGAAUCUCAAUGACCACGCCAUGGGACUAGGCAGUAUGUUUAGGCAAUAUAUAUGUACCAAAUAUUCAUUUUUCUUAAUGAAAAUCCAUCUGUUUCCAAAUCCGUAAAAUAGCACUGGUGCAUUCUAUUUUGAUGUCUCAUCGUUCUUGU